CUCUCGGCCCCGUCCCGUUCGCUGCUUCGCUCGUGGCAGAGAGAUAGGGGAUAGAGAGGCGGCAGCACCCUCAAUUCUCCCCCAAUUCUCUCGACCUCGACGAAAAACCCUAGACGCCGUCGCGCCGGCGACAUCUCCUUCCUCUCCCCCGGCGGCCAAGCCACACUUCAGUUCUGAUUUCUCAGAUCAAUCGGCCAACUCGUCCUCUUCUUGCCCCCGCUGCCCCCAUUUGCUCCUUCCGCACCCUCCGCCGCCCGCUCCUCAUCGGCUUCCGCUAUGCCGCCGCGCAAGCGCCCGCUGGAGCCGUCCUCGGGCAAGCCUCCCCCACCGGACGUCAAGGCCAUCGUCCCCCCGCCCUCCGAUCCCCCCGCCGCAGCCCAGGAGAUCCCACCUAUCUCCGCCGCCAUCCUCAACAACCUCCCGGGCCCCGAGCGCGAGGUCUACAAGCGCGUCUACGCGGCGGGCAACAAGGGCAUCUGGAGCCAGGAUCUCCGGCACUCGAUGCAGCUGGCCGCCCCCACCGUCACCAAGCUCACCCGCGCCCUCGUCCAGCGGGGAAUCCUCAAGGAGGUCACGGACGUCCGCCACCGAGGGAAGAAGGUCUUCAUGGACUCCCGCAUGGAGCCCGCCCCGGAGAUCACCGGCGGCACCUGGUAUCACAAUGGCCAGCUCGAUACCGAGGCUGUCGCUGCCGUGCGCCGCAGGUGCCUCGACCAGAUAGACAGGCUCGGCGCUGCCACCCCAGACAUGGUCCACAAGGGCGUCGAGAGGGAAGACCCCAGGGCAGGGUACAUGAUCGACCAGAUCAGGGACAUCCUAAAGACCAUGGCGCUCGACAGGGUCCUUGAGGAGUGCAGGAGCACUGGGGAGGGAGAGUUCAGCGCUGUCAGGUCUGGGAGGGUGUGCUACCGGAGGGGCGGCGCUCCCCAGGGUGGCAUGAUUGAGGGGAUCCCAUGUGGGGUUUGCCCCAGGAUUGAUGAAUGCUCGCCGGAUGGGGUCAUCUCGCCGACCACCUGUGUCUACUACAAGAAGUGGCUGCAGAUGGACUUCUAGGUUGUGAACCAUCUUCUGCAUGCAGAUUGUGCUGGGAUGGAUUGGUGAAUCAAGCUUUAGAUUGCUCAAUUGGCAUUGGUAUGAACUUGUGGGAUCGCUGCAGUUCUGAUAGCAUGGUGUUGUGCUGUGUGGUCUAGGACAGGAUAGGCAUGUCAGCUGUCAGGUGCAUUUCCUUAUUAAAGUAUUUACUAACUAAAUACCCGAGAAGUUGCUACCGGUAGAAAAAAUUAGAUUAUUCAACAUAUUUCUAUGAUUAUCAGAACAAAUUAGACUACCUAGAGUCCAUUAUUGCCAAGCUUAGCAAAUGAAACACACUUUUGCUUGUUGUUUCUCAAUUUUGUCAUAGUUUUAGUCUAUGCCACUUGUUAUCUUAAAAUGUACAAUUUUUUUGUCAAGUGCUCAGUGUAGCUUCUCAAAAAGGUGCAGUACUGCAGUUGACAAUCCCAAUAUGCGCAACAAAGCAUUAUCCACCAUGGGAAAAUUCUAUAGCAUCUGAAUUGUAAUCUUCAAGUGAAAUAUGAUUUGUCACAACUCACAACUGCCUUAUAGUUGUGGUAGUGUUCUGUUCUUAUAGUGCAGGUGUUGUAUAUAUAUGAUGUACUCCCUCCGUCCCAUAUUAACUGUCAAAUUUGUCCAAAUAUGAAUGUAUCUAUGCCUAAAAAGCGUCUAGAUACAUAUAAUAUUUUGACAAUUAAUAUGGGACGGAGGGAGUAAUAGGUACCUAUUGUUUUUAGAACUUUAUUAUUUGUGCACUUCCUGAAGCCCUUUCUGGCCCUUCUUUUAUCAAUAUCAACAUGCCAUACCAAAUGCCUUAGGGUA